UAGUGACAGUGUUUGUAGUGUGUUACCUCUUGACAACCGUCCGUGACGAAGCGAAUACUUUCAUUGCUUUUCGACUAUUGCCAGGCGGUCUUUUGAUUUGUUGGUGUGAAUAUAAUGAUAACGAAGUGCUCACAAUGCAGUGAUAGAGACGUCACCUGUUGCCAACAUCAAGAAAAUACAAAAUAUGGCGGUACUCGGAUUUAACCGUGUUGUCAAGGUCGGUAGGUCGUUCACACAGUACGCUGGCUUAUACCAGCACUGCCCCUUGUUCUCAGGCGGUUCAUAAGGGUCGCGAGGUGCGAAAGGGAAUAGAAGAGGUUUCGACCUUUUGAUUCCAGAAGUCAACCAACAACUGACUUGCCAAGUUUAUGGUAACCAAUUUUAGAGUAGGAGGCAAGCAACAUGGCGUAGUCUCCAAUCGUCAUAGGCCUUGCUCCCGCAAAUUGAUCGUAAUAAAUUUAAAUAGGAAAAUAAUAUAGUGCUCUAUAUGUGUAAAAGACCGGCUAGUUGACUUUGAACACCCACUGACUUGUUCGCGUAUGUAGGCUACUGUUUAACCAAGGUGUAAGGAAGCAUUUGGUUUCGAUGCAGUGAUAUGUUCGAGUUACAAUUUACAACCAACUCAUCAUAUGGGAAUAGAAUAUGUAAGUAACAACCGCCUUUCCGCGCCGAUCAAGAAAAACAUCACAGUACUAUGCAGGAGGUUACCGAAUAGGCUAAUGGAAUAUACUGCUUUUCGCUGUUAUGAAGAUUGGCCUCAGCGAGAUCAGGGCUGGGGAAAAUUGGUUAGGCCUAGUGCCUUUGCAAGGGUUUCGGGUAGACGUCAUCUUUUAUGAAUAGCCCAUUUAUCAAUAUUCCAGCAGCCAAGAGAAGCUGUGAAGUAUGGGAGUCGUAGGAAGUAGGUAUGACGAAUGAGAUCGAACCGAUGUUUUUGGAGCCAGUGCCCAACGUCACCGUCGCCGUGGGUAGGGAUGCCUCGCUCACCUGUGCUGUCGACAACUUAGGGUUGCAUAAGGUCGCAUGGAUCCACCUGGAUCGCCAGAUGAUCGUCAGCAUCCACAAUCACGUCAUCACUCGACAGCCACGCUUCACCGUGACCCACGACUCCCACAAAACAUGGACCCUCCAGGUCACCCGGGUCACGGAGGAAGACCGAGGUCACUAUAUGUGUCAGGUCAAUACCAAGCCCAUGAUCAGCCAGACAGGAUAUCUUCAGGUAGUGGUGCCGCCGAACAUCGUGGACAAAGUCAGCAGCAAGAGCAACAUUGUCGUGCGCGAAAAAGACAACGUUACUCUGGUGUGCCGCGGAGAGGGCUUCCCGCUGCCCCAGAUCAAGUGGAGGAGGGAGGACGGCCAGCCAAUAGAAACCUCGGACGGGCGCAAAGUGCACCAGAUGGACGGUCCGAAUCUCGUCCUGCGACAGGUCAGCAGGACACAUAUGGGCGCUUACCUCUGCAUCGCCACUAAUGGGGUCCCCCCGUCCGUCAGCAAAAGGAUCACGCUGGAUGUUGAAUUCGCGCCGCAGAUGCACGUUCCUAAUCAACUGGUGGGGUCGCCCAUUGCGACGGACGUCCGCCUGGAGUGCUUCGUCGAGGCCCACCCUCGGGCCAUCACCUACUGGGAGUUUCGGGAUUCGAUGGUCAUGAAUUCCUCCAGAGCCACCACCCACACGACGGAGGACCGAUACAAGAUCCACAUGAUCCUCACCAUCAGAGACCUCAAGGACAGCGACUUCGGCAUGUACAAGUGUAUUUCCAAAAACUCCAUAGCCGAAACAGAUGGUUCCAUCACGCUGAACAAAACUCAGAGACCUACUUCGCCACCACAGAUUUUGCUCCAUGGUUACGAAGAUGAAGACAGCUCGUACAGAAACAGAGGGAGACAAGGAAGAAAGGAAUUGCACAGGAAACAGUUAGAAGAGACGAGGAGGAGGAUUCAAGAGGAAGAGGAGAAGAGGAGGGAAAAAGAGGAGUCGAGGAGGAGAGCGAAAGAAAUGGAAAGACAGAGACUCCAACAUGACUUCGACAGAGGUCAAAGUAACCAGCAGGCAACUCGGGUCACUCAUGCUCAAAGUGGAAGCGACUCAGCCCUGAGGACUCGCAACCUGGCAACGGUCACCCGGUGUCUCCUAGCACUCUGCGUUCUCGGUCGUCUUAGCCAUCAUAUAUAAGAGAAUAUAGCUUUGUUUUAUGAAAGGGGGAAUAUGGGGUUCUCUUGGGUUUCCCUUUUAACGCGCACUCUCGUUUAAUCGUUUUCUUUUUUCUAUUUACGGGUACCUUUCGAACUGUUAAAACGAAAAGCCAUGUUUUCGUGGAUUUCUCUACUCUGUAUAUACUGUCUAUACUGUCAGAUUUCCUGUAACUUUCAGUGUAAUAUCAUGUGUAUCAGAUUGAAUGUAAAUAUAAAGGUUGUUUGAACACAA